UGCUUCGGUUUACCAACAUGGCGCGCAGUCCGGCUCGAGCCUUCGCUUCCGUCCUCGCGGCUCCCGGCGGUGAAGUGAAGGAGCUGAACCGGGAGCUGGAGCGGGCUGCGGGGGCUGCGGGUGCCGGUGGCGGGAGGCGGGUGGAGGUGACGGGCAGCGCGGAGCUCUGUGCGCCUCCGGACCGGGCCGCUGUUACCGUCUCCGUGUCUCACAGCAAGGAGAGCGCUAACGACUCCGCCAACAGCGCGCAGCGCAGACUGCACUACAUCCUGCACACCGGCCGCCAGCACGGACUCAGGGAGGAGGACAUCACUGUGCUGAAACACUUGCAGAGAGAGGAGGAGCUGUACCAUAUGCAGGCUGAGGUGAACAUGGUGUUUUCAGACUUUGUGAAGAUGCAGUCUGUUCGCUCAGUGCUCAUCGAGAAGCUGGACAGAAGUGUGUGUGUCGGGAAUCCACAUUUCUCCCACAGUUCAGAAAGCCUCAACGUGUUACGGAGACGUGUGUGCGCAGCAGCUGUGGAAAACGCCCGCCUUAAAGCACACGAGGUGUGUAACCUGCUAGGACAGGCUUUAGGGCGGCCCUUAUUGGUACGGGAGGAGGAGUUUCAUGAGUGGAGAGCUGGACAGCGAGAAGGCGUGGCCAGUACCCUGACUCUACAGGAGAAGGUGGAUCAGAUGUCAGUCACUGCGUCAUCGCGCGUGUUUGUGAUGUUUGAGCUGCGGCCUAAGGACAGUACCAGGAAGAGGUUAUGAAGAACACACACUUGGAGGAAACUGCUGACACAAAUCCCAGCCAGAGAGAAAUAUUCAUUUUUGUGAUUCAGUGAACUAUAGAAAGACAUAAAUUAAAUCGCAUCACAUCUGCUACCAUGAUAUGCAAACCUGAUGAUGAGUUUGCGUAGUGAACAGUGAAAAAGAUUUGCAGUGGUUUUCGUUAAACCGCAACUUACAGAUAUGAUUGUUAACUUCUCACCCUCGAGGACUCUACUGACUGAAAACAACAUGGUUCCAGAAUCCCAGUGUGCAGUUAUAAGAAAACAAGAAGACAGUCAUCUAUAUCCCCCGCCCUAUAUACAAACAAUAAACCAAGUUACAAGAUAUUGUCACAUUUUUCAAGUUCUGCUGCAGGAAACCAACCCGACCUCUUUACACUGACCUCAGCAGCCCAUGGCAUAAACCCACCAGACCUUUGGUCCAAGGGAGCUAAAAAUUAACAUUUCUUACAAUUUUUAGUAUCAAAAGGCACAUAUACAUUACUUAAUCAACACAUAUACCAACUUUCAACACCAAACCACUCAUAGUUUUCAAGUUCUGCUCCGGAAACAAAACCGGAGCAGAACUAAGACUAACCCGAGAGACCAAGUCUGAAAUUGUUUCCAUGGAAACAUGAAAAAUUUUAAAUUUCUUAGUAUGAAAAGACACAGCUACAUCACCUUGUUAACAUGUAUACCAAGUUUCAAAUCUGUAUCAUGAAUAGUUUUGGAUAUAUGCUCUGGAAACAAACAUUGCUCUUAGAAAUGAAGUCAAAAUCUAUUUUUUUUAUGUAAAAAUUUGAAAAAUACUUUUUCUCAAAAAUCCAAAAAUAGCAAAAGGCACCAGUUCACAUGUUGCUUGAUAUGUAUACAAAGUUUCAUGAAGAUAUCUUCAGUAGUUUUAAAGAUAUGGCCCGGAAACGAAAACGUAACCAGACGGACAGCUGGAAUCCGUUUCUAUAUCCCUCGCCAAACUUCGUUGGGGGGGGGGGAGAUAAUAAUCAAUCAACACUGUGAUGGUGUGAUGUGGCCCGAGAGUUACUGUAAGAACGGUUACUGUUUCCACCCACAAGUUUAUGUUCCACUAACAGCAUGUCCCAAAGUGUUUUAUUCCUCUUAUACAGCAAAAAUAUAAUUUAAUCAUUUUUAAAACAUAUAUUAAAGAAUGGCAUGGCAUUGAGUGAAUGCUGGUGUGUUCAUCUGCCACUGCUCAUUGGAAUUUUACAGUUUGGAACUUUUAUUGUGGGAUCUUUAUCUGAUCAAUUUGCUGGAUUUCUGCCCAUUUUCUCUUGGGGAGCCAAUUGAUAUUGCUUUAUUGUCCCUUUUAAUAAAUCGCUACCUGCUACAUGUUUUACACGAGACCUCACUAACUCCUGACACCUCGGUCUGACCCGGCCUCUUGUAAGUACGUCUCCACUUUGAUGACCCUUUUUUUUGCAGGUAGAAUAGUCACAGUUGGAACACCCAGUUGUGUCCAAGUUUCAACUCUCGAGCUGAUGGUUUGAGGUUCUGCUGAAGAAUUCUGAGGUAGUCCUCCUUCUUCAUGAUUCCAUCCACUUUGUUGCUUACCAGUUGGUACAGUGUUCUUGGACUUGAAUGCCCCACCUUUAUUGCUUCAAAUAUACCUCUGGUCUUUAUGGCUAAACAACUCAACCUUUGUCUUAUCUGAUCAUAAAACUUUCCUCCAGAAGGCUUUUCCUUUGUCUGUAAACUUCAGUCAAGCUUGAAGGUGUUGAUUUUGGAGAAGGGGCUUCUUUCUUGGGCAGAAGCCUCUCAGUCCAUGGUGAUGGAAAACCCACUUGAUUGUAGACAGUGACACUGGUGUUCCAGCAGCUUCCAGUUCAUGGCAGGUUUGUGCCUUGAUGGUUCCUGACCAUCUGAACCAAUUUCCUGUCAGCUGAGGCUGACCGGUUGGGUCUUCUUCCAGACUUUUGCAAAGUGGCUACAGCUCCCAAAAACAACAACCCCUUUUUAUGUUGGCACAGAGAAACUACCAGCUAUAGUCAAUCAUGAGCACUAACAAGACAUUAACAGGCCUUGGCAAAUUAAGACAUUUGAGAACUUUAGAUGUUGUACCAUCACUCAGAAAAAGAACAGUACAAAGGGAUCACUGGACGCCAAAUAUUGCCAUGACAUUAAUGUCUGUGAUGACUAUGUAAACUUCUGACCAAACUGUAUUUUUAUGACUUUAUAGUUACAUUUAAUGUUGUAGAACAUCCACAAAACAAGUUAGUUCCUGGUAUCAUGAUCAUUUUAUAGCAGCUAUAAACAUCCUUUCCAUCACUAGCUUCUUUUUUUUUUAUGCAUCUACCACUGAGUUAUAUGAAAUUAAUCAUUGUAACUGAUAGAUGAACUGAUUAGAUUUUGGAAUCGAUCCAAACAAGGUCAAAGUCACAGAAAGGUCAAACAUCUGAAAUAGAUGAUGUAGUAUUUGACAUACAGUUUACAAUUAUUCAAUAAAAUUGAGUCAUACAUGAGCUGAUGGAAGCUAUGUACGACAAGAUUGAGUGGAAUCAUCGUUUUAUUAUAUCUACAUUCACUGGAUUUUUAGAGAGCAUUUUUUAAUUUUACAAAUUCAGUUUAAAAAAAAUAAACUAUUGAUUGCUGCA